AUGUUGCUGGAUGCCGGACCGCAGUACCCCGCCAUCGGAGUGACGACCUUCGGCUCCUCUCGCCACCACGCCACGGGCGACGUGACGGAGCGCGAGGUGGGACUGGGCAUCAACCCUUUCGCCGACGCCGGGAUGGGCGCCUUCAAGCUCAACCCCAGCAGCCACGAGCUGGCCUCGGCCGGCCAGACCGCCUUCACUUCGCAGGCCCCUGGCUACGCGGCCGCGGCGGCGCUGGGGCAUCACCACCACCACCCGGGCCACGUCGGCUCGUACUCCAGCGCGGCCGCCUUCAACUCCACGCGGGACUUUCUCUUCCGCAACCGGGGCUUCGGCGAGGCGGCGGCGGCGGCCAGCGCCCAGCACAGCCUCUUCGCCUCGGCGGCCGGCAGCUUCGGCGGACCGCACGGGCACGGCGAGGCGGCGGGCCACCUCCUCUUCCCGGGCCUCCACGAGCAAGCCACCGGCCACGCGUCGCCCAACGUGGUCAACGGGCAGAUGCGCCUGGGCUUCUCCGGAGACAUGUACGGCCGGCCGGAGCAGUACGGCCAGGUGACGAGCCCGCGCUCCGAACAUUACGCUUCGCCGCAGCUGCACAGCUACGGCCACAUGAAUAUGAACAUGGCAGCCCACCACGGGCCGGGGGCCUUCUUCCGCUACAUGCGCCAGCCCAUCAAGCAGGAGCUCAUCUGCAAGUGGAUCGAGCCCGAGCAGUUGGCCAACCCCAAAAAGUCCUGCAACAAAACUUUCAGCACCAUGCACGAGCUGGUGACUCACGUCACCGUGGAGCACGUCGGCGGGCCCGAGCAGUCCAACCACAUUUGCUUCUGGGAAGAGUGUCCCAGGGAAGGGAAGCCUUUCAAGGCCAAAUACAAACUGGUCAACCACAUCCGAGUCCACACGGGGGAGAAACCUUUCCCGUGCCCUUUCCCGGGAUGCGGGAAAGUCUUCGCUCGCUCGGAAAAUCUCAAGAUCCACAAAAGGACGCACACAGGUACGUUCCCAAACCAACCGACCGGGCCGAGCCGCCCGUUGCCUGUUGAAGCGAACCCUCGCGCUUUCCAAGAAGGAGGCAGCUCAAAACAAAUCAAAGGGGGCAGGGGGAGGGAGGGGGAUUAGGGAAGAAAUAUAGGGGUGGGGGCUCCUUUCUUAAACAAAUCCACAUCAAGAGCCGGAUUCAGUUCAGCUGGUGAAUUAAUUGGCACUAUAAACCAAACAUUGCUUUUCUUUUUCUUUAUUUUUUUUAAGUGGGAAAAAUCAAAUAUAAGGUAGGGCUCUAAAUGUUUCAGGAAAAAAAGGGGAGAUUAGGGUGUGGGGUGGAGGGGAAAAGAUGGCAGCGAUUUGAAUUGUUAAAAUUUAUUGGUUUUAAUUAAUUGGUAGUCGAGGGCACUGACUGUCUUACAGUGAGAAAUCCUGCUAAAUAUAUGGCUACCUAACCUCAGCUUUCCUUGCUAUCUAUUUCUCACCCUCUGUAAAUAUUUAAUUAUGUGGGGCUAUUGUAAGUAAUCUGAGCUGUACGAGUUUAUGUAUUAUUACAAGGAAACGUGGGGGCUGGGAGCGCUGAAAUCACUCGCAAAUCACCAGCUCCCUGUUCUAAUAUUUCUUGUGUUGUCUUUUCCUUCUCCCUCUCCUUUUGGAAAAAGAAAUCCCACAACCUGUCGUGUGUUUAUCUAAUUUUUUUUUUAAAAAUCUAAAGCUGGCGCUAUUGUGAUUUGAACAGUUUAAUCAGAAGUGUGCAAUGCACUGCAAGUUUAAUAACUAAUACUACUGUGCAGCCGUGGAAGGUUAUGUGUACACUACGUAAUAAAUAAGGAAAGGAAGGGAAAGUAAACAAGCGCCAAAUUUAGCCAUAAAAGUGGCAACAAACCUUCCCUUCCUUCCAAAACUGUGUGCAAAUGUACUCCUUUGCCAGGCGUUCAUUUUCUGGUGAGAUGCCACAGUUCUCUGUUUAAAAGAAAGAUAAGAAAAAUGGGGAAAGAAAACAGGCUUUGAUUUAAUUUACUCUUGUUCAGUAAAGUGGGGGUUAGAAUUGGCUGUAGGUGUUGCUCCAUACUAUAAAAAUCUAGGUGCCAGAUUUCCAAUUAGGUCGACUUUGUUUGUUUUUGUAAUAGGUGAAAAACCCUUUAAGUGUGAAUUCGAGGGCUGUGACAGGCGCUUCGCCAACAGCAGCGAUCGCAAAAAGCAUAUGCACGUCCACACUUCAGACAAACCUUAUCUCUGCAAAAUGUGCGAUAAGUCCUACACGCAUCCGAGCUCCCUCCGAAAACACAUGAAGGUAAAUGCUAGACGUAGUUUCUCCCCCCCCUUAAGCUUCUCUUUUCAUUGGGAUCUGCUUGGGCCGGGUGGCCUUCGCCUCUCUCCUUCCACCAUCGACUUUGCACACCGCUAUUUACUGGAGGAGGGGGGAAGAGAAAUAAACAUUUAUUCCUUAUAAACAGUAGUUUAUACAGUAGUGACGCGACGUUCCGGACAGGAAACUGGGAAACUAGCCCGUAUUGUUCUGUCACUCUGGAAAGGUUUAUUAAAGGAGAAGUGAUUACGUUGCUUAAAGGCGUGGAAAGUCUUCGUUUCUGGAGACCCGGGAUUCCAGUUCUUUACGCUGUAAAUUGUCUCACAAUGGAUCCCGGUUUGGGCUAGCCUGGGGUUGUGCAUUGCUUCAGGGGGAGAAUUUAAAGAAAAAGACUCGAUGGGGAGUCUGAAGGGACACAGGCAGGCAUAGAAACUCUGGGUUUCUUGUUCAAGCCUCCGCUAGGAUAUCGUUCUUCUUUUGUGUAUCCCAGGGCCGUAUUUAUCUUGCAUGGCAGUUCCCUGAAAUUAGCUGAGAACAGGCGAUCUCGGUGUAUAGUUAAGUUAAGAGCUCGGCGUUUCUAUGAGAUCAGCCAACAUCCUGAUUAGCGAAGCAGUAUUUCAAACUUCACGCUUCCCCCGCGCCGCCACCCUCCCCCCACCGUGGCAUUUAGAGUUCAAUCUGUGAGCUCAGCUCCGUGAUUUAGCAUGUUGGGCAAGUAAAUGGGCCAGAUGCAUACGUGCAUAUUGUUUGCAUGGGUAUAACAAUAUUUAUAUAUUUAUCUAGCCAGGGGUGGGUGGGUGUGCAUGCACCCAACGAUACACGUAUAUCUAUGUGCGAAUCCACACACCCUUCAAGCAUUUCCCUUUGUUAUUCAUUUCUGUUUUCUAGGUCCACGAAUCGUCCUCCCAGGGGUCUCAGCCUUCUCCCGCUGCCAGUUCAGGCUAUGAAUCUUCAACACCCCCAACAAUCGUUUCUCCAUCCACAGAAAACCAGACCACAAGCUCCUUAUCCCCUUCAUCUUCAGCAGUCCACCACACGUCCAGCCACAGCACGCUCACGUCAAAUUUUAACGAAUGGUACGUUUAAACAAACGAACAAACAAAUGCAAAUCCAACCUAUUUAAAAGACUCCAAAAAUUAAUGAACACUUUGAAAAUCGAUCUUUUUGUGUGUUUUGAUUUUUUUUUAAUGCUGCCCAUAGACCCAGGACCGAAUCAAAUCAAGAAUUCUCUCUCUCUCUCUCUCUCUCUCUCUCUCUCUCUCUCUCUCCCUCUCUUCUUCAAUUUCUGUUGUUUUGUUUUGGUUUUGUCGUGUUUGGGGCAAAGGCUUGGAAAGCAAAUGGUUUUUUUCUAGAGUGCGUGAGAAGAGCAGGGUUAUUGGGCCAUCUUGCCGAUGUGCAGGGCUUUUUAAUGGAACCACUGACUGGAGUUCUUCAACUGCAUGUCUCUUUGGGCAGCGCCUUGUUUUCUGUAAAUACAGAAAUACUAGCUUACAAUGUACUGUUUGAUUUUGUAAAUAGUUAUACCACAAGUUGAAUAAGGGGAUACGUGGAAUUGUGGUCUUUGCAUAUAUAUGUGGGGGGAGGGGAAUAGGGGAGGGGGCUAGGGGAGGAGGUUGAAAAGUGUGGGGGGGGAAGGAGGGAGGAGGUAGCAAAUCAUCUAUUUGUACUGAAUGGCAAGGAUGUUCUAGUAAAUGUGUACCAAAAUGUGAAUUAUUUUGUAUUAUUACAGUCUAAACGUCGACCUAACAGAAUAUUAUUGGUAUUAAUGUGCUUUUUCUUUUGUAUAAAGUGCAAACAUUUCGUCCCAAAGUCCAGUCUAAGUAGUGCAGUAAAAUGUUGUUACACGUCCUGUCAAGAAAUUCGUAUAGUGCAAGCCUGGAUCUGCGUGUCAAACUGUUACAUUUGUUUAUGUAAAGUGGUAUUAAAAAAAAAAGCUAUAAACUAUAACCUGUCCAUUGCUUUUGGCAAUACAACCACAUACUGUAUAUACUUCCUAAUUUCCAUAUUUAUCCGCAUGUAAAGGUCCGGUUAUACAUGUUACAGAUAUUCAAUAUUUAUGGCUAGAAGAAUUGGUAUGUACAAUUUAGUUUACAGAACUGUUUGGUAACAUUUCGUACCUUAUUAAAGAUUCUGAAAUCCCAUAAUCCGUGGUAGGAAUCCUUAUUGACUCAGCCUGCUGCUGCUGCAACUUAGCUAGUUUUCAGGACAGUAAACGACAGACUGGACCAAGAAUCCUGCCCCAUGACUUCCACUCCUUGUCCUACUGUACUACCAUUAUGUCAUCACUAGACCAGCAACUUUGAUAUUAAUGUGAUAAAUUGAUGUGCCCCUGCUGGCAUUUAGGGUAGGAUGUAAUUAGUAUUUAUAUAAAACCCUAUGAAACAAAAGUUUUUGACUGCAAUAUAAUUUAAAUGACCAUUGCUGACUCUUAGUAAUAACAAUAACUACAACUACAGCAGAGUAGCAAUAGAUUGCAUAAGACCAUGCAAAUCUUGUCAGGGGGGAAAAAAGGAUGAGGUGUUGCCACAAUAUCUUAAAAUGGAUUUGCUCUUUGCUACAAUCAGUAAUUGCGAAAAUAAUUCAUAUGUUUAAAUUUGAGAAGCUUUUAGGUUUCAUUUAAUCUGAGUCAUUUGAAAUCGCAAGCAAAGUCUUUUUUUAUUCUUGCAAGACCUUCUGCGAUCCUCACCUCUUACCCCCAAAGCCACACCAUUAUAUUAUAUCCCUCUGUUUAGAUGCUCCGUUCUGUGUUUGCAGUUGGUCUAUUUUUUUACUAUAAUUUUGCCAGAGUUGUUCCUUACCACAGCAGCAAAAUAAAACAAACCCAGAGAGGGUGGGAGGGAGUUUAUGUAGUUUGAUUAUCUCUUUUAUUUCCCCCCAUUUACUUAAGAAAUUCGUUCCAUUGGCUGGCGGUGAUACAGUAAAUUUGUAAAUGAGAAGACAAUAUAUAUUAAAAAAAUCUAAAUUACUUGUGCUUAAUGACUGUGGCAGAACGCCUUUUUCUCUAAAUCAGAUUGUCUUUCUUGCAGUUUAGUUUGAUAGAUUUGCAAGCUGUGGUGCUUCCGUUAACUUAGCGACGCUUGUAGGAACCGCUAGGCUUUGUUCCUUGGUGUAGGUUGCAUGAUCGCCCCAUUAAGCAGACAACAUAUCAACAGACAACACAGAUCAUGAGCUCUCUGUGUUUGGGAUAUUAUGUCACAGAGUGAAUUGCACCUGCUGACCUCUCUUGUAGGCCAAGAUGGCAUUUUAACAGCUCCUUUUAAAAUAUAGAUAUAUAGAUAUUUAGAAGUUCAGCGAGUCAGCCGCAGCAUCAACGGCGAUGAGGAUUUGGGGAUAGUGAAGCUGGUUUGGAUCCCCAAGUUAUCUUAGUUCUUAAUACGCAUGUCUACUAGCUACUCACAGUAUAUAUUGACCUGGUAUAUAUUUAUUAUUUUGUGCAGGAUUUUUGUAAACAGAGUCAUGGGGGAAGGAGAAGCUUGUAUUUUGGUGUUUUGCUGGAACGUUUUACUUAAAUCUACAUAGGCCUCUCUGGACCCUUAGGAAGUAGGAUCUGGGCCGCGGAGAUGUGCUGCGAUGUCUUAUAGAUCUUUUCAGUCGGAAAGAAACAGUUAAGAAAUAGUAGAGCCUGUUUUGUGUUUUUGUUUUUUAAAAACUUCACUUUCUAGAAAAUGUUAUUCUAAUGAGAAGCUCAUUUAUCAGCUCUUCCAGUGCAAAGAGCGCCACCUUGCAGGGCCUACAGAUACUGAAAGAAGUUCGAGAGAACCAUAGAGGCUGAGGCACAACCCGGAGGAACUGCGGCCGAAAGACACGCUGGGUAUUCAUUUAACCCUAAAGAAAUGCAAUGAUAAAGUUUAGUCGUCUCCAGACCGUUAGCCUUAGCGGGAACGUAGCAGUUUCAGCGAUUUAGUAUGCGAGCCUAAAUGGAAAAGGAAAGAAGAUAUAGGGCAAUAUACAAUAUUAUCUCCCUUACCCGCCCACCCCCAGCAUGAUUGAAAAGAAGCAUCGGUUCAUUUUACAAAAUCUAGAAGAAUCUUAAAAGAUAAAUGCCAUAGCUUCUUUGGGUGUAGAUUUUAUUAUUAUUAUUCUCCAGUGGUAGUUUGUUUUAGAAAUAUGUUUUAUCUGGAUGGAUUGCCUGGCUACCAAUACCGAGUAUUCUGUCAUUUUCAAAUCAGACGAUUUUGAACAUCAUUAAAACUAAGUUCUAUCUAUGCUUGAAGUUGUAUUGUAACACCCCCCAGCCAAAAAAACAACAACCCCAUAGUAUCCCCACGACCUAUAAAAUAACAGGCUUCUCGGAAUAACCAGUCAGCCACACAUAUUUGGUUACACAACUCAGCGAUGGGCGCUAGAAUGUUUUAAAAGUUUAAUACAUUUAAUUACAAUAUUGCAUCUGUCUGGUUUUGAACAGAUAAAUAGACACGCACUAUUUAUAUGUAUGUGUGUGUUUACGCACUCUCUCACACAUAUAUGGAGAGAGAUCGUGGCUUCUUGUAAGAAUGCUUAAUUAACUCUUUUACUGAAUAAAUCAAUACCUGGCGAAGAUCAUUAUUUUUUUAAAAAAAUACUUGACAAGAAUGCUAUUAAGAAGAGAGGUUGCAUUAAAUGGCCUUUAAAACUCCAACCCAGUCUCUCAUUGUGCGGGUACUUUUAAUGUCUGCUUCGUGAGAUGUAUAUUUCAUACUUUUCUUCAUGGGCUAUUAGGUAUGGAAAGACGUGAACGCUGGCUGAGAAAUAUGAAUUGUUAGAGUCUAUUUAGCAGAAACUCCAGACAAUGCAGAAGCGGGCUUGUGGGGCAUGGAGAGCCGCGCGUUUGGAUUAUUGAGGCAGCAGCCUGUAGCUCAGAUGAUGUUGUUUUAUUCCCAGACUCCGCGUCAUCUUCCAAAGGAUGUAAGAUUUCUGUACGCCAAUGCGGAACCUUUGAAGACCACCCAGAAACACUGUCCAAAAUGUGUGGAUAUGAUUAUGUUCGUGCGGGUUUUAUAGGCACACACACAAACCGCAGGUAGACUUCACUGGCUGCAAUCCUGUGUACAUUUACUUGGGAGUAACACCCAUUUAACUUAGUAUAAUUUACAGACGAGUAAACACGCAACAGAAAAGAUCAUGCUUUUAUCAUGCUUGCAGGCAGAAGCUGUCUGCAACCUGAAGUUUUCAUAAAUAUUUACGUUUUAAACUAUUUUCCCCCAAUGCUAUCAAUCACCCUCCCAUACUUUCUGUAAAUAGAAAAUAGGAGCCGGUACUUGUGAGAUGUAAUCAGAAGCAUACUUUGAAGUAAAAACCACUGAUGUUAAUACGAUUAACUUUUGAGUAUACAUGGUUCUGUUAAAUCUUAAAAUUAAGCUUUUUAAGAACGAGCUACAUUCGGAAUAAAGGGUAGUGCAAGAUCACGUGGAAUUUCGACAGUAGUAGAGUGGCCAAUCUGUUGCAUGCUUUACAACAGGAAUAAUUUUGUUUACAAACGUAAAACAUAAACUACAAUUCUCUCUUGUUGUUGUUUAAAAAAGAAAUUUGCUUUGCUCGAGAGCACAUUUAUACCCCAAUCCUAAAUAAUGCAGACUCUUGGUUUCCCCCUGACAUUCCACUGAAACGAUCAGAAAACGAAAUUCCAUUUUGAAUUAUUGAUUUUUCACGGAAAUCUGACUGAAAUUCCCAUUUAUUUCCCUGUAAAAUUCAAUUGAAUCUACUUCCAAGUAACUGUUUAGGAUAGGAGUCUAAGGGCAGGAGAGGGAAGAGGCAAAUGAGAGGGCAAGCUGGCCUACAAUAUGAGCUCUCGAAGGGAGGCGGGAUGGGAAAGCAGGGAUGGAAUAGUUCUAAAUAAUAAACUUGACGCAUGAUUUUCUUUGAAGUUAGUAUGACAACCCCCCGAAAAUCUAUAUGGGAAGAUCUAUAUUUCUGGCAGAGGAGUGGUAGCUGGCGUCUUUUUGUCGAAAAAGGGAAUACAGUUGUAUUUAAAGGAACUGAGCGCAAGAAAUGGACGGGCACUUUUACGCUUUUUCUACUUCAUAUACCUCCGUAUGCCUACACUAUCCACCUAUAACCGCAUUAGUGCCCUGUUCGGCGUAUUUAUUUACUUGGCUGUGUUUAUGUAGCCUUUAUGCGGACAUUAGUAGACUUAACCUGUUCGAAUGACGUAAGAAUAAAAAGAUAUUGACCAUUCACCAGUUACAAAGAGUUAAAGAGAGUCAGGUAACAUUUUCGAGAAGAAAGCAAAAUAAGGCUAUGAAGGUUUUGAUGGCGAGUUCCGGACAAAGGGUGUUUGCAGAAAUUAGAUUUAUUUUUUUUUAAUUUAAAGUAGGCAGAGGACAAUUUAUAUAUCACUCAGAAAUCCUGACAAACCCACUUUUUUUUACACCUGCUGAGAUUCCUUUACAUGGGUUUUCGAUAGGGCCUCCUAGUUAUGGUUCCCCCUGUUUAUAUAAAACUUUUGUUUGGGAGCUAAAAAUAUACCAGAUACAUACAUACAUACAUACCUACCUGUUAUCUAAUGUGCAUCUAAUGGACAACUAUAUGGCUUAGCUGUAAAUUUCGUGCAUACUGGUUCAAAUCACAUAUCCCUGCUUGUUUUGCAUUUGGUAACUUCGCAUUUUAAUUAAUUUUUAUUUGGCUUUCCUCCCACAUUGCCUUUGAUGCUUUUUUGUGUGGUCUUACCGUAGUACACUCUCCCCCUCCCCCUCUUUACUCUGUCUAUCCACCACACACACACACACACACACACACUCCUCACUCUUAGACGUUUGCUACUUAUUCCACUUGUUAACUUAAGUGUGUGUACAUGUAUGAUUAUAAAGAGAACAAUAUAAUAAAAUAAAUGCUUACUUCUCUAUUCAUUUUAGAAAAUAAAUAGGAUGUGCGCACGCACAUGCACACACACAUUAUGCUUCUUGUGUACAAUUGUAGUAUGCCCAUUUCUUAAUUUUAUUGUGUAUAUCUAAAUCUAUCUUUUCAAUCUGUCUCCUACACAGUACAUAACACAGUACAUAAGCACUAGAUGGUCAGGAUAUAAAUCUUUGUAUAAAAUAAUAAACAAAUAAUAAACAAUUCCAAAAUAAUAAGUCAAUUCAAUCUUUAAACCCACCCUUCCCCUUCUAGGUUCU